UACUGAAAAACGGCUGACGUCACCCGUCCACUCAGCAAAGAACUUCCAUCUCAUCCAUCUCCACCAUGACGACAACAUUAUCGCGUGUUGCCACAACGACAACACCCAUUUCAACCAGACGACUCCACAUUUUUCAUCACCAACACACUGCCAUGGUGACAAUGAUGGGACGAAGACGCUAUGCUUCCACUGCUUUGUUAGCCUUGACAGCCUCGUAUUCUGUGCAGAGCUUUUCCGCUUCCAGUUCGGCCAAUUCCAGAAUUAUUCGCCCUUUCACAACCAGCAGCUCUGCUGGUAUUUUUGGCGUUCGAGGUGGCUCGACACAACAAGAUCCAAGAAGAAUCCACCAAGCACUCUUUAGUAGCAGCGCCACAGAAUCGCCCGAAGCAACAACUGUAGUGGAAGAGACCAUGACAACAACGACCAUGACACCUGCUGCCAAGUUGGAAGCUCUCAGGAGCAAGAUGAAGGAACUUGAUUUGGAUGUUUAUCUUGUUCCUUCGGGUGAUCCUCACUUAAGCGAGUACACCCCGGAUGCCUACAAACGCCGUGGAUUCAUUUCGGGGUUUGGAGGCUCGGCUGGGACGGCUGUCAUUAGUCAUGAGGAUGCUCGUCUGUGGACGGACUCUCGCUACUGGAACGAAGCGGGACUGCAGCUGGACCCUGACUGUUGGACACUCAUGAAGAGUGGGCAGUCCAAAGUCGACACGAUUUCCAAACACUUGGCCAAGGCAGCCACGGCCAAAUACACCGAAACACAAAAGCCAUUGCGAGUGGGAUUGGAUCCUUACGUCCACGCUGCCUCGUAUCCAAAAGAAUUGACCGAUGCAUUCAAGGAGGCUGCAAAAGACGAACUCGCGGACGAAGAUCUCAAAAUUGCUGAAAUUGAUACCAGCCAUCCCAAUUUGAUCGACCCCGUUUGGGGCGAUGCUCGUCCUCCCAUUCCAACGUCUCCCUUUCAAGUACAUCCUUUGGAGUAUGCUGGAAAGUCAGUGGAGGAAAAAGUAGCCGAUAUCCGCAAGGAAAUGGAAUCCAAAAAAGCGACGUUGACCGUCUUUUGUGCGUUGGAUGAUGUGGCUUAUUUGCUCAAUGUGAGAGCACAAGGAGAUAUUGAAACUUGUCCAGUUGGAAUUGCAUAUGCCACCGUGUCACAAGAUGCCGUCACUCUGUACUGUGAUGCCGCCAAAAUCCAGUCGGACGAACUCAAGCAACAUUUGAAGGACGUGACAAUCAAACCCUACGAUGAUGUAGUCGGGGAUGUCAGGAAGCAUUGCGAGGAAAGCUCCAAAAAUCGUGUGUGGAUCGACAAAAAGAACGCCAACCUGGCCAUUUCCAGUUGUGUUCCAGAGAAACAAAUGAUUGACAAACAAAACGCUGUUACACCCAUGAAAGCCUGCAAGAACGAGGCAGAAAUACAGGGAAUGCGUCAGGCACAUAUCGUAGAUGGUGCUGCCAUGGCCCAUUUCAUGAGUUGGUUGGAACAAACCAUUGUGGUCGAAGGAAAGAAAGUCAGUGAAGUGGAGGUAGACUUGAAGCUCACUGGCUUCCGUGCCCAACAACCGGGAUUCAAGGAAGUGAGUUUCCCAACCAUCGCCGGUGUUGGCGCCAACGGCGCCAUUAUCCACUACCGUGCCGAGGAAGGCACCGAUCUCUUAAAGUAUCUGGAUGCGGAGACUCCCAUUCUGAUUGAUUCGGGAGGUCAAUACACAUAUGGAACCACAGAUGUCACACGCACUUGGCAUUUUGGUGCGGCAUCAGAGGAGUUCAUCGACUACUACACUCGUGUCCUGAAAGGCAACAUCGGUCUCGAUCGCAUGGUUUUUCCCGAGAACACACCUGGAUUUGUGCUCGAUGUCUUUGCCCGAAAGUCUCUUUGGGAGGCUGGAAAAGAUUAUGGACACGGCACGGGUCAUGGUGUUGGAAGUGCACUGCUGGUGCACGAGGGUCCCCAUAGCAUUUCUCCUCGAUUCGCCAACAAGGAGGGUCUUAAGAGGGGCAUGGUGGUCAGCAACGAACCUGGCUACUACGAAGACGGCAACUUUGGGAUCCGCAUUGAAAAUUUGAUUGAAAUUCAAUACGUAGACCCAAAGCACGACGAGGAAGCGCCGGAAGGGGACGACGAACCCAAGUCUGCGGAGAAGAAGUUUCUCAAGUUUGCCAAGCUCACCAUGAUUCCAAUUCAGAAAAAUCUCAUCAAGAAAGACUUGAUGAGCGACGAGGAGUUUGACUGGCUUGACGACUACCACCAAGAGGUUUGGGCCAAGGUGUCGCCUCUUUUGGAAAAGGAUAGCCCUGGUUGGAAGUGGCUGGAAAAGAGCUGCGCCAAGAUCGAAAGGAAGUAAGCUGAAGGGACGGAAUGGAAAAACCAUUGAAGAGCUCAGCUAAUUUUGUAAAUAAAAAGCGCAGUAUUAAGAUCUUCUACCGACGAAACCUAGCUAGCUAGCUAGGUACCAUACUAGCUACCAGGUAGUGAAAACGUUU